GAGCCUCGCACCACGCCUUCUUUCCCCCCCCACCCCUCUUUCAAUAACGUUGCCUUGCCCUGUUGUAACGGAAGGGAGUAACGGAAAAAGUUACUUCUUGUAGGGGUGCGUGUAUGUGCGUGCGUGCGUGUGAGUUUCUGUAUAUACAUCCACAAUAUUAAAAAAAUAUUUUCUAUAAAUAGUUUAUUUAUGAAUGAGAACCAAAGAGCGCCUCAGUCAAGAUUUGAGUGGAUCUGCCUGAGGGAGGCGUUCUUCUGUCCGGGACUGGAUCAGACAAUAGGAGCAGAUUCUAAUUAGGAAGAGUGCUGUAGUAAGGACAAAAGAUGCAGAGCACAAAGUUAGACAACUUAAAGGGGGGCCUAGAAGAUAUUCUCAGUGUUGGUGGUCAGCACAGGAAAGUAUCUCGGAAAACACGGGUUUCAGAUCGUUCUCUCAAGAGUAGAAAGUCAAGAACACCGAGGUCUAAGAAAGAAAUUACCCUAAGAGGGAGGGUUUCUGAAAUUCUUCAGAAUCCUGAUGAAGAAAGUAGAGAAGUCCCAAGUGAGGAAGGCCUGCUGACUCUUCCAGACUUCAGUGAUGCUUUGGAGAAAAACUGCACGAAACCGCAGGAUAUCCGAAAAUCUCUGGGAGAACACGAGACUUUGCAUGACAGAGAAACCGACUCAGACGAUCGGAAGGCAGACAGAGCAACCCUGUUACAAGAUUCACAAGGGGAUGAUGCCGUUAGAGAUGAAAAAGCAUUUCAGUCGAAGACAGACAAAACCAAACCCAGCACCUACGUUUCUCUCUUCGAUUUUUCCAAACACCUUUUGGAUUCCUGGGAGAAGAAUGUUUGGUCAAGAUCCGCGCUUGCCUCUGACGCAACACACAGCGAGGAACGAGAGCUCAGUGUUUGCAGCCUUUCCUGCGUAAAGCAUGCUGCAGAACAGCCUGUGAAAAAAACAUGUGCUGACGACCCCACUUCAGAGGAAGGACCGCAGGAGGAGACGUUAACUUUUCCUAGGAAAGAUACUGGGGAGGAGAUCUUGGAAAAGGCCUCCAUAACAUCUAAACAGGAUUUCCUGUGCUGCUGUGAGAGUAGAGAGGGCAAAAGACACGGGAAAAGGUGCAAGACAGAGACCAAUUCUGCUUCGGCAAGUGUGCCCGGACCCACCCUGAGCAGAAGCAUAAAGACGGACGUAACCAUAAAACCGUGUUACGUGGUUUUGGAAGACAUUGGCUGCAAAAUCAGAUCAAAGGGCAAAUCUUCUUCCAUGCCUCCAGAGGUAAGGAUGCGGUCUGCAAGACAACCGAAAGGGAAUGGUGAUACUUUUAAAAAGUUGCACGCUAUCCUAAAGGACAUCAUGGAGAAGAGCUGUGCCCAAAAGCCGAGGAAGACCCCCUGGAUAAAAAAGGCAGAGAUGUCGUUGGCAGAGGAGAACAUCCGUAAGAAGAAAAUUCUUUUGGAACAGAAGUCUGAUGAAUCACAAAGUUCUGGAACUGCGGGUUCUGGGGGUGAGGAUUCUCACCAUGAAAAAAAGGGAAGGGAAACCGGCUCUGUGGAUAUGGUUGACAUGUUAUGCAAUCAAGGUCUUUUUACAAGGUUGUCUUUGGCAAACUCACAUGAUGACCAUCCCGCUGAACCAGGACGGAUACAUCUCCUAUCUACCUCUCCUGGGAAGACACGGGAGGUGGAGAGAAAUAACUCUGCAGGUUCAUCUGCUACCUUUUCUAGUGGAGCCCAUGUCUCCAAAAUGUCAGUGGGAGGAAUCCGUGUUUCCGCCUCGUCCAGUGAAGCAAAUUGUGGAGAUGCGUGUCAGGCCCACUCCCGUUUUGAACCUGAUUUGGUUUCGCCAUUUUCAGGAGGGGAUUGUAAGGAUUGGUUUCGUGGUGGAACUCCAGUGAGGGUGCCCACAGAGGGGACCGUGGGUCCGGAUCCGAGCCUGCUGGAUGAAAAAGAGUUCAAAGAACAGGGCGGAAAGCCUCCCGUGCUCGGGGAGAGAGAUCUGGAUGACUGCUGGUUUCUCAUGGAAAUCAGUGAAGUUGUAGAAGAGGAGGUGCCUGCCAAUGACAUGGAGGAAGAACACACGCAUGGAGAGGUCCCUUUCGAUUGUAGGCCAAGGUUUCCACAAGCAGAGAGCAAGUCUACGUAUCAGCCUCUUUCAGAGAACAUGACAGUUCUCAAACCCAGCGAGAAUGGGAAAGGAAGAAGGCCAAGUGGGCACCAUGAAACCAGAGACAGAGAAAUAAAUACAGGGGCAGAAGAAAACUCAAUUCGCCAGCCUGCUCAAGAGAAGAGUCCUUCGAAAGAGGAAGAAAGCCAGCAGUCACAUCUGUCUCAUGGUGUACAAAGGGUCUUUUACGAAUUGUCUGGGUCAACCGUCAAGUUGCUUGGAAUACCCAUCUAUGAUCUUGGAGCUGUCCGUCUGCGGAGAAUUCCACAACUGGAAGACACAUCUCUGCACAUUUCUACACCCUGUUUGGAAAACCAAGACACCUGCGUUAGUCUUUCUUCUGAUAGUACGGAAGAAGGGAAACCAUCUUCAACGACUGAACGUUUAAGGUUAGAUGUCAGCAAGACGGAGGCCAAAAAGAGGACUCAGGGACCUUGUACGUCUGCCGCGCCGAUCCCUGGCUCUCUGGCCUAUCAAGAACAAAUCCGUGGGAUGGUGGUGGAUGCCCUGAGGGAGACUCUUCAGAAAAGGCUGGAUGCGUCUCCUGAGCUGUGCGUGCCAAAGAACGCGGUCUCCAGGCUGGCGAAGCAAGUGGAGAGAGAGAUCUUCAGACUCUUCUGCUGUGUUGGCCAGCAUUACAAAAAGAAGUACCGCAGCCUGCUGUUCAACCUGAAAUCAACGGAGAACCAGCAGCUCUUCAGAAGGGUGAUGCUGGGAGAGAUCACUCCGAGGAGGCUGGUUCAGAUGACCUCUUUGGAGAUGGCGCCCCAGGAACUAGCAGAGUGGAGAGCAAGAGAGAACCGACGCGUGCUGGAAAUUAUAGAGAAAGAGGAACGAGAAGCCCCAUCGCAUUGCUCUGCAAAAUUCACCCACAAAGGAAUUGUUGAGAUACACAGGGAAGCCGAGGAGGACUUGCCGUCCCAGGAAAUACUUGAACUGCAGUUACACAUGAAGGAGAACUCCAGUUCUGAGGUUCCCACAGCACCUGCAAGAGACUCAGGGCAGAAAGCUGGUGACAGUGAGAGGCGAUUUAAGCCAGCUGCUUACAAAGCUACUUUAAAUCAAAAAGAAAAACCUCGAAAACAUUGGCGCUCCAGCAUCAUGUAUUCAGAAGAGGAAGGGACUCCUUUGCAGCAGGACAGUCUCAUUUCAUCCGGCAUUCCGAAGAAAAAUCGCCGCGUGGAGAUGCAGUCCAAGACCACCGCUGUCUGGAAGGGACUCAUUCAGAUGUUCAGUAUAAAACAGUUCAUGGCCAAAGCAUAUCCCGUUUCUGGCUCCAGCUCUCAGCUCGGGCAGGCUUUACCCGGUCUUCUUUGGUCGAGGGGAUGCAUUAUGCCCGAGGAUGUCUGGACCUAUUUAGACAGCAUCUGGCCAGCCAACAGCAAGGAGAUGGGCGUGAUACGGUUCCACCCCACCUUCUCUCGAGACUUUAGCUACUACCACAUGCUGUACACCUACCUGAACAACAAGCAGCAAUACGGCAUUGUGAACAGCCCCCAGAUGGAGAUCUUCAUGGUUCCUCUGGCCGCCUACCAGCCUGUGCCUUCUCAGCUCCGCCCUCUGAGCGGCCCAGGGCUUGAUCCAUCCCAUCCGUCUUUGCUGCUGGGACUAAUUCUGCCCAAGAAGACUUCCACAAGAACUGUGGAAACAAGGGGCAGCUCUCCACCCAAGGCCAAGGCAGGGGUCGUCAGCCUUAAAAACAGGACCCAAAACAGCUGUUCCCCUCCGGCUUCAUAUUCCCAAGCGGACCCAAAUCAUACCCAGCCGCCUUUGUCUGGAGACGAGGUUCAAGGCGAGAUUCCGAGAGAAGAAUCCUUCACCAUCAACACCCUGAUCAGUCUCACGGAGGAGCUGGGCCGAAAGAUGUGCCAGGCGGAUCCUUCCUGGUUGCACUACGAAGGGCCAAGCGAUGUAGCCGGCUGGGGUUCGGCUGGCAAUCUUUUCCUGCCCCCAAGUGGUCCCCCUUGGCUCGGGGAGCCCUUGGGCAGCCUGCCCCCGGGAGCCCACCCGGAUCAGGGCGGGGGGCAGCAGGUGCAGCUUUGUCUCCAGCCGGACCCCUCACUUCCGUGGGACGCGCAAGGCCACCUUCUGCCUUCCGUGAUAGCAUGGCCGGAGCAGCAGAGAGCCGAGGAAGGACAAGGUGUGGCCCUCUGGGAGAUCCCAUUCUCGCACGGGGCGGGUAGCGUUGAGGCUGGGCCGCCUGGUGACCUGUCUUCGGUUCUGCCUUUGCCUGAGAUCCUUUGCCCCAGCGGGACGGCUGGAGAGCCCAGUUCGGUUCUGCAGGAAACUCUGUCCUUGAUUGAGCAAGUGGCGCAGCUCCAGGCCGGUAUCCAGAGCCAGGAGCCUCAGCUGCCCUCCACUCCGUUCGGCUUUCCUACCGUGCCGCAAGACGUUGCCUCUGCCUGGCCUCAAGCUGCCGCGGGCCUCGAGUUCCCACCCGCUCAGCAAGACCCUGAGAUGUACGCCCACCUUCAGCUGCUCGUAUCUGCCUUGAGUGGACCCCCACCGCCCCCUCCGGCCCUUUAAUGGCUCUCAGUUUUUAUCAGAGGGGACUUUACAAGAAAGGCAAUCUGCAAAAAAGCACCCUUUGGGCCCGGGACUUGAAAAGGGACCACCGGUUUAUCAAGAACGGAAUGGCAAAGGCAGGACGGGCAAGCGGUGGGGGUUUCGCCUGCAGCCUUGAACGACUGGAUGCAGAAAGCCAUACCCAGGUCAGAACAGGGAGAGGCGUAAAGGCAAAGUGUGAAGGUUGUGUGAGUGAACACUGCCUGAUAGUUUCAUCCCUUUCCGACCGUAACUCUGGAUCCGAUAGAAGAUCCCAGUAUGGCGGGGUGUUUAUUAUUAUUGUU